AUGCUUUCAAAUUCGACUAUAACACCAACAAUAAAUCGAGUAACUAAUUCGACAUCAACAUGGUCUCAUCCACCUCCACCAAUGAUUUAUCAUCCACAUCCACUCAGUUAUGAAGGACAAGGUCGUGUAAAUCAAUUGGGCGGUGUAUUUAUAAAUGGUCGUCCAUUACCCAAUCAUCUUCGUAUGAAGAUUAUUGACAUGGCUGCACAAGGUAUUCGACCUUGUGUGAUCAGUCGACAGUUACGUGUUUCUCAUGGAUGUGUUUCAAAAAUCUUAGCACGUUAUGCUGAAACAGGUUCGAUUAAACCAGGUUCAAUUGGUGGUUCGAAAUCACGCGUUGUAACUGCUGAUAUUGAACAAAAAAUUGAUGAAUAUAAAAAUGCUUAUCCACAUGGUACAAUGUUUGUUUGGGAAAUACGAGAAAGAUUAUUACGUGAUGGAGUUUGUAAACCAACAUCAUUACCAAGUUUAAGUACUUUAACACGAAUGUUACGUGAUGCUGGUAGUAAUGUUGAUGAAAACAGUCAAACAGAUGAACAAUCAUCAACAAAUGUAGACGAACAAAAUGAAAAUUCAGCUGAAGAUAAAAAUAGUGCUCGUAGUGGUAGUACAGACAAAAGAAUUAAUAAUACUACGAAAGGUCGUCGAUAUCGUACAAGUUUUAGUCAAGAUCAAAUUGAACAAUUGGAGCAAAUUUUUCAACGAACACAUUAUCCUGAUGUACAAACACGAGAAGAAUUAUCAAGACGAACUGGUCUUAGUGAAGCUCGAGUUCAGGUAUGGUUUUCUAAUCGUCGAGCUCGUUGGCGAAAAAUUGCUUCUGCUCAUCAUCAACAUCAACAACAACAUCAGCAUAUACCAACGGCUCCUAGUCCAUUAAUGUUUCAGACUGGGUCUAGUGCAACAAGUAGUGUUAAUAUUCCGGGACAAGCAACUUCAUCUUCUCGUCUUCAUUUUACUCCUUUUUGUUUACCACCAAUUGAAACACCAUCAUCAGCUACUGGUCAAUUUUCAUCAUCAUCAUCAUCAUCAUCGGGUUUUCAUCCACCACAUGAAUGCAGUAGUAGUGCAAAUGCAACAACUAUUUUAUUUGGUAAUCAACAACAACAGCAACAGCCACAUCCAUCUUUUUAUGCCCGGUAUACUAAUGAUUAUGAGCAAAUUUAUCGAUCGACAGGAACCUUUCCGUAUUCAUCUACAAAUUCGAAUAAUAUUAUGAUGCAUGGACAAGUAUUACCACCACCUCCACCAUCAGCUACACCUUCAUCAUCAUCGUUUUAUACACCGAACAUAUUUGAUGUUCAUAAUGUUUAUCUGUAA